CAAAGGAGUCACAUCCACUCUGGCCCACACGGCAACUGCCGCAUUCAGCGGCCACGUCAUAAGCUCUGAUCACCGCUGCGAAACAUAACAUGUAAACUGAGGCGACAUCGUACACAGGGGAACAACAUAUUCCUGUCACCAACUCCCGCCAGUACAGAACGUUCUACAUAGAACAUGGCACUUUCGCGAACUAGACUCUAGUCACUUUGUCCAAGCAGUAAAGCUACCUGAGUACGCAGAGCUUCCAAGACACCGUGGAAUCGAGAGCAAUCUUUCGCUUUGGGACGCUUUGCAGCCAGAAGGUCCUCCCGCCAACCAGAAGAGCAGGCUCCAGCGGCAGGCGGGAUUUUUUAAGAAACCAAAGGAGAAGCCUCAUUCUCCUCCUUCCUCCUUCCUCCUCCUCCUCACCAUGGGAACACCAUUCAUAUCCCUCCUUGAGCCGACCCGGCUCGCCGACUACGACCGGCUGAAGCCCCACGACCAGCAGCCCGAGUGCGCGCACAUACCCAAGGUCUUCUGCGACGCCAUGGAGGUCCGCGAGGCGGUGUUUGUCCGGGAGCAAGGGGUCCCGCUCGAGUACGAGCACGACAGCGACGACGCGCGGUCCUGCCACUGGGUCAUGUACGCCUCGGUCAACCGGACGACCCAGCAGCAGCAGCACGACCCGGCCACGGGGCAAGUCACGCAGCGCAAGCAGACCGAGACGGAUAGCGUGCCGAUCGGGACCAUGCGCGUCGUGCCGUUCCCGCACCCGCCGCACCCGCCGCACGGAGGGGUCUAUGUGGACAAUGAGCUCCAGAACGGCCGCGGGGCGAGUGGUGGGGAUAGUAACAGCAGCAGCGAUGGGAGCGCUGGGAGCGAGGAUGCCAAGACUAAAGACGGCUUCCAUGAGCAGCAGGCGGCGCUGCAGGUCGGCCAGGACCAAGAGACGACGUACCACGACGGCAAGGAGCCGUACGUCAAGAUAGGCCGGGUCGCGGUGGUCAAGGACUUCCGCGGACACAAUGUCUCUGCUCAGCUGUGGCGCGCGGCGAGGACGUGGCUCGAGCAGAACCCAUCAUACUUCAACCCAAGCGUCAGGGAGCUUGGUCUGGACCAGGUCGGCAUCUCCGGCACGGACGAGAUUCCUGAAUGGAAGGGGCUUGUGUGCUGCCAUGCCCAGGAGCAGGUUGUCAAGGUCUACGAGAGAUGGGGCUUCAAGGUGGAUGAAAAAAUGGGCAAGUGGACUGAGGAAGGCAUCCCGCAUGUUGGCAUGUUCAUGCGUGUGGACGUCAAGAAAGAGAAGCCGAUUAUAAUAUGACGUACAACACGUGUACUGGGUAUCGAUGAGGACUAGCAUUACUGGCGGCAUACAGGCAGAUAUUGUUGCCUCCCGAAGAGCUCAAGAAGGCUCAAGCAGAUUCUCAGACGUACAGUUGUGAACGACAUUCAUAAUCGAAACCCUUUAGACAGCUGCGAAGGAUGUCGCAGAUCUCGGUGCAUCAAGUCACAUAUCGAGGCGAUCCCCAGUGGUACGUUUUUUGAAUGAUUUCAUUUGCCAUUUCUUUUUGCCCAUUCCUCGAGCAGAGCCUUU